AUAUCCAUAUCCAGCGAAGUAGCCACUUGGUUUAUUCGUGUCCGAUUUACCGAUUCGAAUCGGCGGUCCCCCCAUUUUCAGUUCCCUCCAUCUUUCUUUCUUCUCUCCAUUGUCGAUCCCCGAUUAACAAGAUACUAGACUUGUUUCAAUUCUCAAGCUCACUCCAGUCUUGUAGCUUCUUUUUCUUCAGAACAUGACGGUUGACGCCAGAAUGAAUUGCCAAGAUGAUAAGAACAAGAAUGCAAGAAGUUCCUACUUCGGUUUACCCGCGCUGGAUGUUUCUGUUGCAUUCCCUCAAGCAACUUCUGCAUCUACCUUUCCUCCUUCCGUUUCGGACUACUAUCAAUUCAACGACCUAUUGACUCCCGAGGAGCAAGCUCUCAGAAAAAAAGUGAGACAGUGCGUGGAAAAAGAAAUCGCUCCAAUUAUGACAAAGUAUUGGGAGAAGGCAGAGUUUCCAUUUGAUGUUAUUCCAAAGCUUGGUAACUUGCGCAUUGCUGGUGGUACUAUCAAGGGUUAUGGGUGUCCUGGUCUGUCUAUUACUGGAAGUGCUAUUGCUGUUGCUGAAGUAGCCAGAGUUGAUGCAAGUUGUUCCACUUUCAUUCUGGUGCAUUCAUCCCUGGCAAUGCUCACCAUCGCUCUAUGUGGAUCGGAGGAGCAAAAGCAGAAAUAUUUACCUUCCUUGGCUAAGCUCGACACUGUCGCUUGUUGGGCUUUGACUGAGCCUGAAAAUGGAAGUGAUGCCAGUGGUUUAAGAACAACAGCAACAAAGGUUGAGGGAGGUUGGCUAAUAGAGGGGAAAAAACGCUGGAUAGGAAACAGCACAUUUGCUGAUUUAUUGGUAAUUUUUGCCAGGAAUAUAAUUACAAAUGAAAUAAAUGGAUUUAUAAUCAAGAAAAAUGCCCCUGGUCUGAUGGUUACAAAGAUUGAAAAUAAAAUUGGUUUGCGGAUAGUUCAAAAUGGAGACAUUGUAAUGGACAAAGUUUUUGUACCUGAUGGAGAUAGGUUACCUGGUGUAAAUUCUUUCAAGGAUACAAACAAAGUUCUAGCGGUUUCGCGUGUAAUGGUUGCCUGGCAACCCAUUGGCAUAGCAAUGGGCGUUUACGACAUGUGUCACAGAUAUUUGAAGGAGAGGGAACAAUUUGGAGCACCAUUAGCAGCUUUUCAAGUUAACCAACAGAAGCUUGUUCUGAUGCUGGGAAAUGUUCAAGCAAUGUUCCUCAUUGGUUGGCGACUUUGCAAAUUAUAUGAAAAGGGCACGAUGACUCCAGGCCAAGCAAGCUUGGGGAAGGCAUGGAUCACUAUGAGGGCUAGGGAAAGUGUUGCUCUAGGACGUGAGUUGCUUGGAGGCAAUGGGAUUUUAUCAGACUUUCUAGUUGCAAAGGCAUUCUGUGAUUUGGAACCAAUCUAUACAUACGAAGGUACGUACGACAUCAACACUUUGGUAACUGGCAGAGAAAUAACUGGGAUUGCCAGUUUCAAGCCUGCUGCUCUAGCCAAAAGAAGCCGCCUAUAAUCUGCUGAUGCAUUGCUCACAUUUGCUGGUGCGCAAACCAAUUAUAUUCUCUCUAAAUAAAAUGUGUACUUAGUUUCACACGAAUUCUCUCACGGAUAUUUCAUCAUAAUGUGUGAGUUACAACUUUAAUUAAUAAGACCUUAGUUAUUAACUAUGUAAAUGUUAGGUUAAAAGAAAUGCAAAUGUUAGUUUAAAAGUCUAAAUAAUGAUCAGUACUAAAUUUGGAAGUCCUUCCGUGUGGUGUGGCUCCUCAGUUUCGUA